GUGAGUGGCACCACCUGCGCCGGCGGCCGCUCUCCCGUCGCCGUUCAGCCAUUGCAGGGGAAGGGACACGCCACCCUAUGUGCCUGUGAAAAGCCUCCUUACUCACACGUUGUCUGGCCCCUAGAAAGAGAGAAAGAAAGAAAGAGAGAGAGAGAGCGAGAGCGAGAGAGAGGGAAAAGGAAAAAAGGAGAAAGAGAGGAGACGGAAAAAAUGCUCGUCAAGGAAUUUCGGGUUAUCCUGCCAGUCACAGUCGAAGAGUACCAAGUGGCGCAGCUGUACAGUGUUGCGGAGGCGAGCAAAAAUGAGACGGGAGGAGGAGAAGGAAUUGAGGUGCUCAAGAACGAACCCUUCGACAAUUACCCUCUCCUCGGGGGCAAAUACUGCAAGGGCCAAUACACCUAUAAAAUAUACCAUCUCAAAAGCAAAGUGCCAGCGUACAUACGGCUGCUUGCGCCUGAGGGAUCGUUAGAGGUGCACGAAGAGGCCUGGAAUGCCUACCCCUACUGCAGGACGGUCAUAUCGAACCCAGGUUACAUGAAGGAUGCCUUUUACGUCACAAUUGAGACCCUCCAUGCCCCAGGCCAUGGUGAUAUGGAGAAUGCCCACGAACUAACUGGAGACAAGCUGAAGAUGCGAGAGGUUGUGACCAUCGACAUUAGCAACGACCCAGUCAAGCCAGCUGACUACAAGCCCUCCGAAGACCCCACGAAGUUCAAAUCGGAGAAGACAGGGCGAGGACCUCUGGUAGGACCCCAGUGGUGGAAGAAGUGUGAUCCCGUCAUGACCUGUUACAAGCUGGUGACAUGUGAGUUCAAGUGGUUUGGACUCCAGACGCGCAUUGAGAAGUUUAUUCAGGAUGUUGAACGAAGACUUUUCACCAAUUUCCAUAGGCAAGUUUUCUGUUGGAUGGACAGAUGGCACGGACUGACCAUGGAAGACAUUCGGCGAUUGGAAGACAAGACGAAGGAAGAACUUGACCAGCAAAGACAGGUUGGCGAGGUGCGAGGAACGAAGGGCGAAUAAACCCAUGCGGCACUCCACUCCGGCAACACAGAAAGACGCAAGCUGCCAGACGAAGAUGGACUAUCCACUCAAGUUGAGAGAUCAAUCAUUCAGCACUAUAGGAAAUAUUGGGUCUAUUGCAAUCGUUGAUUUCAUUGAUCUGCAUCCAGUAGAUUCAUAAGGAAUAGGGAGGAGAGAGAAUAAGUUAUAAGGGGAGACUGAGUGAAGAGGUCGUGACAUUGAAAAACCUUCUCUUUCCUCUUUGAGUUGGUGAGAUAUGAGUGGUUGUUUUUUUUUUAUAUAUAUAUUUCCAGUAGAUCAAAAAUCAGAGUUGUUACUUUGUUAUGUCUCUGAGGAUUUGGUUUCAUGAUCUGAGUCUGUAACAUGUCCUCCACUUCCAUCAUAAGGAGCUUGUUAAUCAUGUUUCAUAAAUUAUUGUAUUUGGUAGAGUUGCCAUAGGAAUACAGCAUGCGUUCAGUAUUAUCUAAUGACAGUUCAGUCUUAAUUUUUGAUAAAAAAACAAAAAUCUUCAACCCCACUUUUAAUAUGAUGCCAAAAAAGAUAAGAUAAAAAGAACAAGAAUAAGAGGGAAAAGGUAGUAAUUAGUAGAUAGGAUAAGACAAAGAAAUAUCUGGGACUGACCAGUUUGAAAAAUACAAAAAGAUAAGACUAGAGGAGUCAUAAUUUAUGAAUGAAUGAUUUAUGAGUAAAUCAUUCAGGCAUGCUUAUGAAAAGUGAAGGACUUUUCAAUCUGAAAACUUUGAAUCUCUGCUUUGUGAAGAAGUCUUUUGUCAUUUUUAGGUACUUUGUUGUUUUCUCCUUUUUAUUUCUGACUUAUUUAUUUAUUGAAAAUGUAUCCUUAGUUUUCCUGGUUUGAAUAACAAAGUAACUGUUAUCAUAUCUGACGUGGCUUUUGAUCAAAAUCAUAAGGUAAAAAUGAUGGCAAUUAAUAUUUUAAAACUUUUGUUAUUGUUGUUGUUAUUGUUACCAUUAAUAUAAUCAUUAUACUGAUGCUAUAUUUUGAUAGUAAUGAUGAUAUCAUUAUUAUGAUUUACUUUUUUCCAUUACCAUUUACCAUAUUUGUCAUGGUGAAGGGUACUUAGUAUGCAUAUAACUUAUUUGAUAAAACAUCUGUUAUGAGUAACUUAAGUUCUCCAUCGGGUACAUUACUGUCAUUGACUGAAUAUGAUAAAUACUGUUGCAUUUGUAAUAUUUCAUGUAAUGCUGAAUUGUUACCAAAUAUGGAAUUCCAAUGUACUCCCUUUCUCAAGUGAAGUGAGUUCUGCUCCUUGUUCAGAUCUGACAAUAAUGUAUAAAUGCUAGUCCCAUUACUUCACAAAACGUUGGGUAUAUUCUUUAUUUUUUUAGUUCUGAAAGUGAAAAAAGAAGCAAAGGGAAAUGAAAUCUCCAUCACUUGUUUUGUGAAGGCAUGGUCCUUUUAACAGUUUGUUCAGUGAUUUGUUAUGUGAUAUGAAUAUCUGUCACUUGUCAUUAGUUGAAACUCCAUAUCUCAAAACUUACGUUUUAUGUAGAAAUUGAUCAGAAAUUUGAAGCUAUAGAAUUACUAGUGGAAUGAUAGACACACAGUUGAGUGAAGUUGUUAAUUAUAUGAAUAUUAAUCAUAAUCUCGAUCAUUGCCAGUUCGGUGUGUUCUUCCCUCUUAGUUUCAAUAGGAGGGAAGGAAAACAAGCAAACAGGAAAUGAAGAGCGGUUAAUUAGGGCCGACUGGGUCUGUCUGAGGAAUUAUCGAACAUAGAGUAAGUUUAGUCGGUGAGUCGUGAUUGUUGUUCUGCCUGACAUGUGAUUAGUGUUUGUUUGAGUUGUUGAACAGGUUGGUGGUUGUGUUAGUUGAGAGAUUAACAGUAGUGUAUCCCUGUGCUGUUAAUGUAACGUGAUAACAGAGAAAAACUGUAGGUUGUAAAUGGAGAGAGCAAGUAUAUUUUCCUUUUAGGAUCCAAGCGAAGGAGAUUCGGUUAUUAUCCAGUGGCUUCAGAGAAAACAAAGUCUGGAGGUAACUUAGACAGCCUUGAGCAUGUCCACUCCCUACAUAGAACUGCAUUCAUCUAGAGGAGAAGUUUAGUAAGCUUACCAUUUAUUUGAGAAAAUAGACCUCAGGGCAAAGAUGAGAGGAGCUCUGCCGUAACCUUGCCUAGUUUGAGCCAGCAUUCUCUAACUUGACUUUAGGUGUUCAAACAAAUUUCCAUCGAGAACCAGUGUUAAGAAGACCUCCCCUUUUUCGCUGGUAAGUGUCAUUGGUUGGAAGAUUUCAUUUAGGGUAAUUAUAGGGUUCAGUACAGUAAAAACAGUGCUGGUUUUAUGAGAAAUCAUGUACUUUUGAAAAUCAUGAGUUCGUUGUAAUGAGAAAUUUAAGAGCAGGUAUAGGAAAUUCUGAGAUUAGUUUAUUAACAUCAUGUAUCAGAAGACUACUCAUGUCAUAGUAGAAAUAAAAUACCUGUGCCCACAUCCCCUCCAAACUCCCCUCUCCCUCCCUCCCUCUUUCCCUCCUUCCCUUCCCUUUCUUCCCUCCCUCCCUUCCCCUGUUUCCCAGAAAUGCACAUGGCUUUCAGAAAAGAUUAAAUCACUAGACCUGUAACAUUUCGGCAUUUUGAAUAGAAGUGGACAAUGUUUAGCACGGAACGAUUCUUUCGUCUUCUUCUUUUUCUCGUCUCAUUUUUCCCGCAUUUAGAAGAAAGUCAAUUAAUUACUGGGAAAUGUAGAUGUAACAUCAUUAGCUAGGAGUAAUUACAUUGAAGGUAGAGAGAUUCCUUCCAAGUUGCGUGUCUUUGGAGUGGUGGGUCUGUGCUAGGUUUCUCUCUAGGUUUUCACAUAUUGCUAAUAUCUAAUGAUGAUGUUUGUGUAACGUUUUGUUAUGUCUGUAAUAGACGAGACUUACAGAUUGUUAACGGAUGCAAGACUGUUGACAUUACUGUUGUUGAUGGAAUUUGCGUAUUCUCCGCUACGUUUCUGAGGCUGCUCAUUUUGAAAUAAUAAAAUGACCAAAAUGUUAGCAGGUUAAUGUUAUCAUCUGGGAUCAUAUGUAGUUCAAACUGUGUGCUUUUAGACUGAGCUAAGAUUUGUGAUAGCCUGUGUUCCCAUUUUGUUUCGGCACUAGAGGCUGACCCUUUCAGGAAUGCCGUUAAGUCUCCUAAUAGAUCUCAUGCCAUCACCCUCUGUGGAACAAAAGGAAUAGUGAUGAUCUAGUAGAUAUAGUAGACUGUUUUUAAAAGAUUUCUCUUAUUUUUAUGAUUGUUAUGAUUAUUUUUUUAUUUUCAUUUCUUGUCUAGAGAUAGAUUUCUAUUUUACUUUGCUCCAGCUGUUGAACAUAACACGUGUUGCAUAUUAGAGGCACUCACACGCAUUCCAGUCAUAGAUCUUCGUUGCUUCAGUUCUAACAGCUUGAUAUUCAAGUACCGACUACGCUCAUUUUUUGAGUUCAACGCGUGUAUUAAGUUAGCACAGUUGUAAAUAUGGAAAGCACCAGUGUUAAACAGAA